GGACAGUGGUGUGAGGAAGUGUUGUUGAUAACAGUUUUUGUUAGCAAAUGACAACAUUUUGCUUGACAACAUGUGGUUUGCUGUCGUCGUAAUUUCCUUGGCUUUAGUGGCCAUUCUGUUUAAAUAUGUUUUGGGAACUCCUGGACCGAACCCUUUUGCUAUCGACACGCGCGAGCCGCUGAAGCCCAUGGUGCUUGACAGAAAGCUGAAGAAUAAAGUCCUGAAACAAGGCUUUCUGGCCAGUAAGGUCCCUCAGGACUUGGACGCAGUAGUGGUCGGCAGUGGGAUCGGUGGAUUGGCAAUUGCUGUUCUGUUGGCUAAAGUGGGUAAAAAGGUUCUGGUUCUGGAGCAGCAUGACCGGGCUGGAGGAUGCUGUCACACCUUCACAGAGCAAGGCUUUGAGUUUGAUGUUGGCAUACACUAUAUUGGGGAACUACUGGAUCACAAGCCAUUUCGCUGUGUGGUUGACCAGUUGACCAAUGGGCAGCUGCAGUGGGACCCGCUGGAGAACCCCUUUGACAAAGUGGUCCUGGGUCCACCAGAAAACCGCCGCAUAUACCCAAUCUACAGUGGAAAAAAACGCUAUGUUGAUGAACUGAAGAAGUGUUUCCCAGGGGAGGAAAAGGCCAUUGAUGAAUAUGUAAGACUUUCCAAGAAAGUGGCAAAUGGCGUUUGGUUCAUGGUCCUGCUGAAGCUCCUCCCGACUCCUCUCGCAAAGUUCCUGGUGCACACAGGCCUGGCCAGUCGUCUUUCUUCAUUCUUCGGAUAUGCUUCCCGCAGCCUGACGGAUGUGGUGAGUGAGCUCACACAGAACAAAGACCUGAGAGCUGUGAUGUCCUACAUCUUUGGUACCUACGGUAAAAUGCCCAAAGAUGCAAGCUUUUCCAUGCACAGUUUGCUUUUGUGCCACUAUUUAAAUGGUGCCUGGUACCCAAAAGGUGGUGCUAGUGAGAUCGCCUACCACAUGAUCCCCAUCAUUGAAAGCAGGGGUGCAGUUCUGGUCAGAGCACCGGUCAACCGCAUACUCCUCAAUGACGCCAAAGAGGCUAUUGGUGUGAGUGUCCUGAAGGGGCAGGAGGAGGUGCAUGUUCACGCUCCCAUCGUGAUUUCAGAUGCUGGAAUCUUCAAUACCUACGAACGUCUCCUGCCAAAAGAUGUGCAGACUAUGCCUGCGAUUCAGAAACAGCUAAGUAUGGUGCAGCAUGGAGAUGGUGGUCUCAGUAUUUUCAUUGGUGUGGAUGGGACAAAAGAAGAGUUGGGCCUGAAAGCAGACAACUAUUUCAUCUUCCCUGAGAACAAUUUCGAUGAGCUGAUAGACGGUUACAUGAAGGGGAAGAGAGAGGAAUCUUCUAAAAAGGUCCCUUUAAUUUUUGUGGCCUCACCUUCUGCCAAAGACUCAACCUGGCCAGAAAGAAGUCCAGGUAAAUCCACUGUGACUGUCGUUAGCUUUGCUAACUAUGCAUGGUUUAAAGAGUGGAAAGAUGACAAAGUGAAGAACAGAAGCGUAGAUUACAAGGAGCUGAAGGAGGCGUUCAUCAACAACAUCUUAGAGGCAGUGACUGAGAUCUAUCCUAACAUCAAGGACAGGAUUGAAUAUGUGGAUGCAGGCACCCCAAUCACCAAUCAGCAUUACAUCGCCGCUCCUGAAGGAGAGAUCUAUGGUAUUGAUCAUGGCAUUCCUCGCUUCAAUGUUGAACUAAACGCUAUCAUCAGACCACAGACUCCUAUUAAAAACCUCUUCCUCACGGGUCAGGAUGUAAUGUUGUGUGGCUUUGCUGGUGCGCUGACAGGAGCGCUGACGUGUGGUUCUGUUAUCUUGAACCGUAACCUUCACCUGGAUGCCAUUGGUCUUGCCAAGAGAGUCAAGAAUGGCAACAACAAGAAGAAAGAAUAAGUAUCAAGUAACAUGUUCUUAAUCAUUCCCAGUGAUACCAGAUGUGGCUCUGGAGAAGAACACAUGUAGGAUACGUGUGAUUUAAUAAGCACUGCCUAACAAUAAUGCACCAGUGCAUUUGUACCUAAUCAUUUUAAAGCUCGUUGAUUAGUAAAGUGCUUACCAAGUGCCUUACUUGUCUAAAUCUCAACUAUACAGAAAUUCCAAUUCUAGAUUUUAAUGCACUUUAAAGGGAAAUGAAUCCGAAUCAGUUUAUUUAAUUGUUUAAAUAUUUUUUAUUUUAGGCUGUAAAAUAAUGCAGAGUUUUCCCAUUAUCCUUCUUUCUGAACAGUUUAUUGUGUAAAAAGCACAAGAUGUGCUUAGCACUGUGAGUGUUUCAUAACUAUGAACUAAAAUCUUAUUUGCCCUUAGAUUUGAUUUAAUUACUAUGGAUAUAGGCCUGAAGGUCUGUAUAAAGGGUUUACAAGAAUCUUUUUCAAAUUAUGUAUUUGAGAUGCUGAUGCUGUCAUCUGCACAGUUAUAAGUGUGUUUAUUCUGUCUUUUUAAGUUGCAGUGAGAUUGCAAUCUGCCUAUAAAUGUGCUUAUUAAUAUACAAGGCAUGCUUGUGCAUAAUGAAUAAAUAUGUUCAUUUCAACAACAAA